CAAGUGCCAUACAAGGUUGAAAAGUGGUCAGACACAAUACAAACCAAACUUUCUCUCACCACUCGUUUUUACAAUCUGAAAGAUCGCUUCAAAAAUCCAAACUGUUCAACACUAAGUAACAAAGUAAUAAGUUACUAUGCAAAAUGCUUCAGUUAUGCUGUAACUCAGAAUGCUGGAAAUCCAGAAUUCUUAAAAUCAAGUAUCAACUCCAUAGAACCACAUUCACUUGGGAAACACAGUUCAUGCAAUAUAUCCUGGUGUGGUUUCAAAAAAUGUCCUGAGGUAUACAAGCACACAGAACUACCUAAUGGCAAGAGUUUACAUGGUGAGCCCCUGAAAAAUGCCCUAACCAACAUAGUUUCAGAACAUGCCACUGAUAUUGCUGUCAAGAAGCUUUCCCCAUGUGCCAACUCUCAACAGAAUGAAAGUCUAAAUAAUACCAUAGCAACAAAAAACCCCAAAACCCAGUAUUACGGAGGAAGUGCAAGCAAUGACUUUAGAGUAGCAUGUGGUGCGGCCCAAAGAAAUCUUGGUUAUGGCUAUGUAAGUGCAGUGUUAGAGGUACUGAAUAUCGAACCCGGCUAUUUUUGUACAUCAGACGAAGAUCUGUUGGACAAAAAAGUGUUAAGUGAAAGAAGCCAGAAGGCUACAAAAAAUUUCAAGUAUAGGAGAAAUCAAUUACGGGGUCAGAAAUCCAGUCAAAAUAGUGAAAAAGAAGCUAAGGAGGGGAAAACUUAUGAAACUGCAGUUGCUUUGAAUCUGGAUACAAGUGUCAAUCAGCCUUCACCAAGAACUCACACUCACAUUGAACAUCUUUUGGAAAACAUUUCUGAUAAUGAGCUUCACGAGUAUGAAAAACUAGUACCAUCCUACUAUGCUCAACCUGAUCUGCCAAAACUGACUUAUGAUCCAAAACAAACUUACACUUUUGUUGUUUUUGACACUGAGACUACCUGCACCGGGAAAAAUGCAGAACUCUGUCAGCUGUCCGCCAUUCAUGAAAAUCAAGUGUUUUCAAAGUACAUUCUACCAACAGGAAAUGUGAGUACUGGAGCUUCACGAGUGAACAAACUAUCUGUUCAAAAUAUCAAUGGAAUCAGAAAAUUAUUGAAAGAAAACCAACCAGUGGAAACUGUCUCUCUUGAUAAAGCGCUUCAGGAGUUUCACACCUUUCUUAGUCAAGUAAAAUGUUCAUCCCAGAAGGAAACUUGUAUAGUUCUAAUAGGUCAUAAUUCAUCAACAUUUGACACUCCAAUACUUCUCCGGAGAAGCGACGAAAAUUUUCGCAGCAAACUAAGCAACCUGAAUGUUUAUUUUGGCGACAGUCAAAUCCUUGUCAAACAUCUUUUGAAAGAUAAACACCCGGCAUUGCAACUCAGUGAAUCGGCAUCUUGCAAAUCAAACCAAUCAGCACUUUACUCACAUCUCUUUAAUGAAGAAUUUGAAGCCCACGAUGCCUUGGAGGACGUUAAGGCACUUGAAAAAAUUCUGUUUCAUUCUACACUUCAACUGAACAAGGAAAAACUCGUGAAUUGUUCUGGAGUUAUUGGUGUUGAACAAGCAAUUGCCAGCAUGACGUAUUUGGAUCGACGCCAUGAAAUUCUUCAGACAUUCAGCGGAAGACUUUUCGACCCCAGGGACGACAGUGGUGCAAUAAAACAAUCAAUGGCUCAGAAGAUUGCAGGAAGUGGGCUUUCCUAUUCACAUCUCAAAGAGUUAUAUUUAAAGUUCGGAACAAAGGGGCUGCUUGCGAUCCUCAGCAUGCCUCCUUCCCAAAACACAGCGAGGAAACCUCGUGUCACUCGAACAAAGCGUAUUCUCGAUGCCAUUGCAAACCACUUUCAGGAAACAUUUCCGAAAGAAGAAUAGUUCCUUUGGUUCCAUUGUUGGUAAAUUGUAACUUCAUGUGUUUCCAUUUAACCACAUUUAAACUGCAGAAACUGGCCAGCACGUGUUGUGCCUCUGGAGGUGCUUGAUGACAAUGUACGUACCUCGCGUAACAUUAGCCAGAUUUAAAUGACCGAAAUUCUCCAAAACGUAGCAACGAAGCAAGGUUGUUAACGGCACUUGAAAAAUAAUUUACAGGUCCACUUGAACGACUAAUUAAGCUGAUGAAAUCGACCGAAAAUCGAGCGAGUGACUCUUCGAAACAAA